UUACGACUGCGAGACCGUGUUCAGAACAGGUUAAACUCACAAUAGGAACAUACGCACGAGCUUUCCUCCGAGUUUCUCUCUAUUUUCCUUCCUCUUUUUGCAACCGAAGACUGCGGAAAAACACGGCGAAGGAGAUAUAGUUGUCCAAGUGUUGACUACCUGAGCAUCAAGCAAAAUGUCGUACGACUACGAAUCAUACUCUGAGCCCCUUGCUGGGACGGGGAACAUGGAGUUCUCAGACAAGUCCAUUAGAAUGGGCUUCAUCAGGAAAGUGUACAUGAUCUUGAUGGCCCAGCUGACAGUGACCUUCGGCUUCGUGGCACUGUUCAGCCUGAAUGCGGACGUGAAGGCCUUCGCAAGACAGACACCGGCGCUGUUCUACGUGGCUCUAGUUGGCACCCUGGUUUGCAUCAUAGCUCUCUCCUGCUGUGGGAGUCUUCGGAGGAGGACACCCCACAAUUACAUCUUCUUGGGGCUGUUUACGGUGUGUGAAGGCCUCUUGCUUGGCAUUGCAGGAGGAGCUUUUGACAAGAUGGAGAUACUGAUGGCUGUGGGCAUAUGUGUGGUGGUGACGCUCUCGCUCACCCUCUUCGCUUUCCAGACAAGAAUUGACUUCACAGCUUGCGGCAUGCUCGUGUGGGUGUCCCUCAUCAUUCUCCUGAUGUUCGGCAUCCUGGCCAUUAUCUUCCAAAAUAGGAUCCUGAACCUCGUGUACUCCAGUCUGGGUGCCCUACUCUUCUGCUUCUACCUGGUGUUCGACACGCAACUCAUGAUCGGAGGAAACCACAAGUUCUCCAUCUCACCCGAGGAAUAUGUCUUCGCUGCCCUCACUCUCUACCUGGACGUCAUCAACAUCUUCACAUACAUUCUCUCCAUUAUCGGGAACAGUCGAAGUUAAGAACGAGAAGGGGAGGAUCAGUGACGGUACUAGCUAGUUGGCAUGAAGGAGGAAGGGAAAUGUACUUUGCAGUUGGAAUCCUCUGGAGUGAACCGAGUCUUUUUUGUAUUGUUAGUGCAUAUUUUCUGUUUUGAAAAAGAUUGUUGUUUUUGUACUUGUUUUCUAUAACAAUCUAAAAGACAGAUGUUGUUGUUUUUUUGUUUUUUUUCUAGUUACCACUUUUUUAUCUGCUUGAUUUUUUUUUUCUUUUUUUACAUAAUUGCCAAGUAAUAGGCCAAAGAUUCAGUAUAUUUGUACAGAGUACAGUAUACAUUAUUCUUCAUAAAGAGAUUUAUCUUACUUGAUACUUCAUUUUCUAAGCUGUCAACUCUAUAUAUCAAGUUACCCAAUUAAAGACAGUUCAUUGAGACUUCUCUGCAGGAAAGGAUCAUUUCAGUAUCUGAAUGCAGUAGACCUCUUGUUAUUUAACGUGCUUUUAUAUUCAGGUCCUCUGAGUAUAAAUAAUGAAUUUAAGGUAAUGUGUGCUAAUGCAAACCACUUCAAGGAAAAAAUAACAAUGAGGUGUAUAUCUGUAUGUCCUAGGAUCUAGUGUAGGAUGCCAUCUUAUCCCAUAUCUGUUUGCUUCGUAGAUGAUUAUAGUAUUUAAGCCCCAUGUGAUAUCCCUCUGCGGCGAACGUGUAUACAUUUUGGCCAGGUCGUGUAUCGAUUUUGCAUUCUGGCGACAGGUUUUUGGAACACCUUGUUAUUCUCCUGUUUUCCCUGCAUUUUUUCAAGGCUGCAACCUGAUUUUGGAUUUGUGUAUUACAAAACACUGUGAGGAAAGGGGAGGUGGAAUGUGUUUCAUAUCCCCCCCUCCCCCCCAAAAAAAAAGAUUAUGUUGUGUGAUAGGCAGGAAUUGAGGAUCUUGUGCGAGUAAGAUGUGUUUUUUUAAUCUGGUAAUUUUCACAUACAUCCACACAUGCACCCCCCACAAACACACAUGCAUACUCGAACACAUGAAUAUGCACACAUUUUUUUGCACUUAGGGAAGUAAAUUUUGAAGGGACUGCUUUAAAAGCUCAUGUAUACUUCCUUGUGAUACAUUAUAUUAAAAGCACAAAGUGAUUACAUUUUCUAUAACAUGAAGAAACAAAUUUUAUUUUGUAAUUAAUAUGCAUUCCAAAAAAGAGAUUUCAUUUGCAUAGUUUAUACUGUACCAAAUUGUAAAGAGAACUGUGUUUUUUCUACUUUCAUAUUUCUCUGCUUUGAUGUCCUACUACCUUCUAAGUUUUGAAAUGUUUUUUGAUUUUGAUUUUCUUUUGUACUACCACAAGCUUGUGGAUUUACAAAGCUUGAAAAAAAAGAAGCUAAGAAAAGAUAGAUAAGAAAAUAAACAAGGAGAAAAAGAUACUGAAUUAUAUAUGUCCCUUCCAUUGGCAAGAUUAAAUCACUCUUGGCUAUACAGUACUUUGUAUUUUAAGAAAGGCUUGUGUGAGUACGCAAGGUCAAGAAACAGAGACAAAGAGAAGUAGUGAAUGUGUGAAUGGAGAAUGAGAGUGGCUGUAUAUGAGAGCUUAAGUCUCGUAAGAACGAAAUGGUCUCUUUAAAAUUCGUCAUAUACCCAAGAUUGUAAUGAAUUGACGUCUUGUAGUGAGAGGUUUUAAUUUUCUGUUCUCAUUUUAUCAGUUAAGUUACAAUUCAUUCUCUCUUGUCUGGUAGAAGUGAAUGUAAAUGAAGGGAAUAGUGUUAUGGGCCUGAAUUGUUAAGUGUAAUGUAUAGGUUAAGUGAUGUUCUUCUGUAUGUAAAUGUAUCUCUCCCUAUAUAUAUGCAUUUUUUUUUUUUUUUUUUUAAUAAUAAUAAUAAUAAUAAUAAUAAUGAAUAUUGGGUUCAAUGGCAUUCCAAAGUGAAACAUUAGUCUGGUUUAAGUUUAUUGGGUCAGAGGAGAUUGAGAUAUUCAGCUUUAGUGAAUGAUUGUCUGUAUCUACAUUCAUAUUUUUUCACAUUUCUAUCAGUGCUGAUUUGAACGGUGAAUCAGAUGAUCAUAUCAAAAAGUACCUACCAAAGAAUAUUUUUAUAAAAAGAAAGUAAAGAAUAUUUUUCUCCCAAGUGACUUCUAUGUAUCAUUAAGUAUUUUAAUGGAAUUUUAGUCAUAUACCCAUGAAUGUUCAUUGAUGCUAUCGUAAAGACAAUUGAUAUGAAUUGAUUUGCGAACACAAAUUACGUGUAUCUUUUUAUCUUUUGUCUUGCAGAUCCUUUCAAGUUAUUCGAUAUGCAUAAAGAUUCUAGUCUAAAAGGAUAAAAGAACAAGAGAUUGUUAAUUGAUGAAGACAGGGAGCAAUAUGGAUAGAAUAUAUAUAUACAUUACCUCUAAUUCAUUUUAUCAGAAAGCGAGUCUCAAAAAUGUUAAGUUGUCUAAGGAGAGAAGGAGAAAGUGUUUGUGAUGAGAGGGUAGAAUGCAAAAGAAAGGUAUAAUAGAAAUAAUUUGCAGACUACAAGCUGGAAUGAUAUAAUGGUCUGCUGUGUACUGUGGUUUAUCCUGUGUAAUUUUCUUUGUGAAUGUUUCGUGUCUGCAGUUAGGCACCACUUAUAAUAUGAAUCUUGAAAUAUCUCACCACUUGAAUUUUGUCAUUUAAUCUCUCUCCAAUUCUGAGAAUGUAUUUUUGCUUAUAAGCAUUUCUUUGUCCCCUUUACAGAGAUUGUGUUCUCUUUGGCUCUCUCUCUCUCUCACGAUCUGUAGCUUCGUCAUAAACCUCUGUACUUGAACAGUAUGAUUAUGUUUGCAUGUUUUUUAAAGGGAUUGUCACAUUGAGCCAAAGUUUCUUGGUCUGCUAAAGAGUAUAUAAUAUAAGCUUUCAUAUAUCAUGUUAAAUUUAUUCAGUGUUCUAUGCCAUUUUGGAGUCAUUAAUAUUUUACUCCAUUUGGAUAUAUCAUCAUGCUAGUAUCAGAAUUAUUACUGAUUGAUUAAGUAAUUUUGAUUGUAGUUUUGUAUGGGAAAAAUUAAAAAUUGCCGAAUCAGAGUGAACAACAAAAACUCUAACAAAUUGUUCAUGUUUGUAUGUUAAGCCUGUAUUCAGGAAAAGGAUGGAUGUAUUUUGCUUUAUUUAGUCUGUAAAACCCAAGAAAAGUUGCCUCUAUUGGAUAACCCCAGAAAUCAGAUUCAUGCUAGAUUCUUCAAGAGAAGAGUGCAAAAACUCUGGGUUACAUUUCUAUCAUCAUCAUUACACUUCUGUACAUCUGGUUUAAGAGUUAUUUCAUUAUGGUAUUACAUAUAUAUUGCUUGGUUAUGAACUUCCGAAGUGCCCCAUACUUUACUAGUGUCCAUAUUUAAGGUGUCACUGAAGUUACAGUCAAGACCUGUGACAGUAUUCUCAUUGAGGUCAUCAUCCAAUCAACUUUGGGCAUCUACAAAUUUCUUUUGCCUUGCAUAUCUUGCCCACCAUUUCUUAGGUUGGCAAAGAGGCAUGUCCUGUCACCUAUAUAAGCUUGAUGUCAUGAGACCGUAAUGAAUAGAAAUGUCAUUGUAUGUGCUGUUUGCUUCCCCUAAAGGCCUAAGAAACCUUCCUGUAACAUUUUAGGUGACUUCCUGUGGUGGAUAUUGUAGAGAUAGAAAAGUCUCUUGUAGCCUGUAAGCAAUGGAAAAUAUUCAGGAGCAUAGGCAUGUUAUAAGAUUUAUUUGUUACGGAGGUAAAGAAGUGUUUUAUUUUCAACUUCUAUACAUAUUUUGUUAUAUUUGCAGCGUUUUGUCUCAGUGAUUAAUCUUUGCAUAAUGAAAGUUUGGAUUUUGGUUCAAGGACACUGCUGCUUGUUUCUCAGUUCAUGUAAAUAAAGUUCUUUAAAGUUU